AUGGCGCAAAACAGAAGAGCAUCCGAAAUGAGUACUAAUAGCAACACGGAAAGUCAGGCGGAUCAAAUUGAACAGCACAGGCAGGGAGUUAACAACAGAAUUGAACUAAACCAGCAAGGCAUCGCGGGUUGGAAUGCAAGAUGGGUAAGAUUGCAAGAAGACAGAGGAAAUAGAGCACGGUUCAUUGAAUCAAGACUGCUCAUAGAAAAUCAAAAAAUCGAACAAGGUAAAGAAAAAGAAAAGAAGGGCAAAAGAUCAACAUCGCCCUGGAAACUACCGUCAUUAGGCGGAAACUGGGUUUUCGGACCAUCUAAAGAAUACAAGAUUUAUGAAGUCAAUAAAUGGGAAGCCAGAAAAGGCAACGAAACUAAAAAGCCUCAUUAUCAACCAGAAUCCAACUGGAUCCCCUUUGGGAAAAAGAAAGAUAGUAAGGAAUCCAGAGUGGAGGCAGCAGCAAGGCUACAGAGGGAAGAUGCAGAAAGAAAGAAAAGGAAAGAUUUAGAAAGAGAAAGAGAAAAUGCAAAGAUACAAGAACAAAAAUUAAGGCAUACAGAGUACUUGGCGAGUGAAAACUUGAUGAAAGCUUUAAUGCUCGAAGAGAAGAUGAUUAAUCAGGCAAAGACAUUACACGCAGAAUUAAGUGCGCAAACAACUAAAGAUACUCGGGAAGCAGAGACGAUAACAGAGGAGAUAGAACAUCACUACUCAAGUAUUGAUUCUACAGAUAAUGGGUGCAAGGAGGUGGAAGAUUUACGCAAACAAGAGAACACAUAUUCAGAACUAUCGGGUGAAUGGAAUGGACCCAUUACCUUGUUUGCUGGAUACGAAAAGGAGGGUAUCAAAGACCAAGAACUUGAAUUAGGACAAAACAGCAAGAACAUUUUUCAGAGAUAUGAAAUGCAACUGGAGGAAAGAAAAGUCACGGCUAAUUUCACAACAUCAACCCCUGUGAAACCAAUACCAGCGAUAAGGAAAUUCAGGAUGGAUACAAAUCCUAAAAAUAAAGCAUCAGCAGAUAAAGCAAAAGAUGAACGAAGGUCAAUAAAACCACCAAUGCCUCUGGCUAGAACAAAAAUUGCUACCCCGCAAUCAGAAUCAGACAGCGAAAUCAGUGGAAACAUCUCAAACAAAUCAAGAAACCAGGAAAUAUUAGUCAGAUCUAUACUAAGGUUGAGAGGUGGAAAAGGGAGUGAACAAGGAUCACCAAACAUAAAAGACCAGUCACAAAGAGACGGCUUUGACAGCACGGACGAAGAGGAAAUAGAGGAGGAACCAGAAAAUGUGAACCAAACUACUAUCGGUUCCAAUAAACAAGACAUAUCCAAUAAGAUUGCAUCAGACAUGGAGAUAGAAACAGAGGAGUUACCAACGACUUCCCGAAUAAGGUCGAAACAUCUAAUUCCAAUAGCCGUAGGGGAUAUUGAAACGGAUAGUGAACUAAGUGGAAGCGAGGGAAUCCUGAACGAAAAGAAAAAAUUCAAACAAAACGGGCUAAAUGCACAGCGCGAUGAUCAACCAGGAUUAAAUCAAAGCACAACUUUGGGACAUACACAAAAACUUCAACGCCUAGCGACCAGAUUCGACGUCAUAAUAUUGUCUGAGGCAUUUAAUAAGAAGACAUCGAGGACGCAUGUCAAGGAACUAAUGAACAUCAGGGAGAAAUACAACGAGCUCUUUGAACACAUGAUACUAGAAAACAGCCUACUCGAGGGCAGGCUUCUAGAGGCGAGAGCUAUAAAGGAAACAAGAGAGAAGGAAGUAAUUAUAACCGAACGGACAAGAGCUGAGAUGGAAAAUGAGAUCAUUAAGCUCAGCGACAGAGACACAGAUCAAAACAUAGAACCAGGACAAAAUAAAAGGAAACUAAAAAACUCGCAAAGAAAACUUAGGUUUAAGCAAGUAAACAGAGAUGUCUUGAAGGUCUACCAAACCGAAGAACAACCGAACCAGGAUGAAAUGGAAAGCGAAAUUGAAACUCAGGUUUCGGAUGGCAGAGCUAGAUCAUCAGAUGCAGAUGUAUCAACUGCACAAAGCGGAAAUGAAAAUGGAGAGAAGCGAACAAAGAAGAGAACUAAAAGAACGAAGAAGGCCAGGAAACAAAAAAUAGAGGAACUAAAGGCAAUAGAACCACAGAAGCAAUUCUUGUGGGAGAUAGAGGGUGAUGCCAAUGUGGAAGACGUUAAAAAGGAGCUAUGGUCUGAAAUAGUCAAAAAGGUAAUAACCCCAAAAAUAGAACAAACAAAGAUCUCAACUAAUGGAGAAAAGAUGGCAUUGCGCAUAAUAACAUCAGAUAUCCCAACGUACCUAGCGCUAAAAGAUCUGGCUAAAGACAGGGAAAACGUUUUACGGGUGCAAACAAAGAAACCAAUGGUACAGAUAUACGACGUUGACAGGGACUUAUCAGGGGACGAUAUUAUAAACAUGAUAAAAACACAGAACCCGGAACUAAUGGAAAAUGAGAAGGAUUUCGGGAUCACUCCAAUUUUCAAAAGAGGCCCGAGAGAUGGUCCAUCAGUAUGGUGGGUUUGUGAAGUAACACCAUCUACGCUGGAAAAAAUGUUAGAAAUGGGAAAACUAUACUUAGGAUUAACAAAAUGCAAGAUAACUGAAUACUUCGACGUGACACAGUGCUUUGGGUGCUGUAAAUUCGGACAUAAGCAAGCGGACUGCAGAAAUAAAAGGGUAGUGUGCUCCUACUGCGGAGACGAAGGACAUAAGAAGGAAGUAUGCAACUCGCAGAGUGAUCACCCACGAUGUGCGAACUGCAGAGAGUCUCACGAGGCCACCGACCGCAAUUGUAGGGCAAGAUUAGCAGCCAUCAAUAGGGUUGUUAAGAGGACGGACUAUAAGCAGCAAUGA